AUGAACUUCAAAUAUAUUAUUAGUAUUUUUAUUUUUAUAUUAUAUAUUAAUCUUAUUGAUGGCGCAAAAGAAUUAACACCAUUCAUUUAUGGUGAUAGAAUUAGUAUGGAAUGUAAAGAUAACGAAGGGAAUUGGAAAUUAGGUCCAAUUUGUUUAAAUCAAAAACAAGAACUUAGUGUAUAUUAUGGCAGAGAUGCACCACUUUAUUGUGGAAUUUAUAUAGAUGAAAAAGAACUUAAUAGAAUUAAAGAUGUAUUAAAUAGAAAUUCAUCAUGGGAAUGUAGAAUACCAAUAUCAUCAGAAAGUAAUACUGAUGAUAUUUAUAUACCACUUUCAAUUCAAUUAUGGGGAUAUCCUCAAGAUGAUCAUUUAGAUAUUACAACUCACUAUAAUUUUAUAUUUCAUGUUGAAAAAGGUAUUAUAAUUGGUGCAACUUUAUAUCCAGUUAAAGAUAAAUUUCAAGAUGUUCGUAAGGGUGCAGUAUUUACAAUUCAUGGUGCAAUUAAAUGGUUUAAUGGAGGUUCUCAUGUUGAAUUAAAUGAUUCAUUGAAAUUAAUAAAAGAUAAUACAAAUGAUUUUUUAAAUAAUUUAGAUUAUUGGAUUGUUAUCCUUUGGAUUGUUUUAUCAAUGUUUACAUCUUUAAUUUUAUUUUCAUUAAUUUAUAAAUAUAAAUUAAAACCAAAUUUAAUAAGAAAAUAUUUAAAAAAUGAUUAG